AUGGAGUCUUCGAUUAUUUGUUCUGAAUUGACAGAACUUUCUGAGGCAGAUCAGAAAGCGUUGGGUCUGAUUGUGAAGGCUGCAAAAGUUAUAGACGAUAUAUUUUAUGACCAGUUGCAAAAGAUGUUGGAAAUCAUCAAGUACUUUACAAUGCUUUUCUAUAGCUUGAAGAAGCUGCUGCAUAGCAAAGCUGAAGCAUUCCUCUCAAAUGAGUACUAUGAGUCAGACAUCGCAUGUAUGGACUUGGAUUCAAAGUUGGAUAUUACCAUUGGUCCAUAUGAGACGUACGAGGAUGAAAUCUUUGGGUACAAGGAGCUGAUAAAUUUCACGCUUCACUACAUUGCAGACUUGGAUAUUCCAAUCAAAAGGGUAACAUUUACAGAAUUCCGAAAUGGAAUGCUCAAUGUGUCACCUAUUGGUCGCAACUGCAGCCAAGAAGAAAGAGAUGAAUUUGAGAGAUAUGAUAAGGUUCAAAACAUUCGCCCGAAGAUGGUGGCUGAACUUCGUGAGCGGUUUGCGCAUCUUAACCUUACUUUCUCAAUUGGUGGACAGAUUAGCUUUGAUGUCUUCCCUAAAGGUUGGGAUAAGACUUACUGCUUGCAAGAAGAAAGAGAUGAAUUUGAGAGAUAUGAUAAGGUUCAAAACAUUCGCCCGAAGAUGGUGGCUGAACUUCGUGAGCGGUUUGCGCAUCUUAACCUUACUUUCUCAAUUGGUGGACAGAUUAGCUUUGAUGUCUUCCCUAAAGGUUGGGAUAAGACUUACUGCUUGCAAUACCUUGAGGACUUCAAUGAAAUCCAUUUCUUCGGUGACAAAACCUAUGAGGGUGGAAAUGAUUAUGAAAUCUAUGAAUCACCAAAAACAAUUGGCCACUCAGUUACGAGUCCUUUUUCAAUUUCUCUAAUCGGUUGCAUCACAACCAAAGAGCUGGGAACAGUUAUGCGUUCUCUAGGGCAGAACCCAACUGAGGCAGAGCUACAAGACAUGAUCAAUGAGGUUGAUGCAGAUGGUAACGGCACGAUCGACUUUCCCGAGUUCUUGAACCUGAUGGCUAAGAAGAUGAAGGACACUGACUCAAAGGAAGAGCUCAAAGAAGCUUUCAGGGUUUUCGACAAAGACCAGAACGGUUUCAUCUCGGCUGCUGAGCUUCGCCAUGUGAUGACUAAUCUUGGGGAGAAACUAACUGAUGAGGAAGUUGAAGAGAUGAUCCGUGAAGCUGAUGUUGAUGGAGAUGGUCAGAUAAACUAUGAGCAGUUUGUCAAGAUUAUGAUGGCUAAGUGA